CCAUCGAAGACGAGUGGAGCCAACGCGAAAUCGCGAAGAAAGAAUAAGGACAACAGUCGUCAGACAUUCCUUCCGGCCACGCGGCGCUUAGGAAAUUAUAAUUUAUCGCUCAAGCUCAAGGACGUCGCGUAUCGUUUGCCACAGCACGGCACAACCGGUGCAGUAAGUCGCGUGAUAUUUAAGCGUGAAUCUUCGUCGCGGUAACGUUGUGUCGAAUAGUUUAGCGCCAGUGUCCCGCCCUCGUGUGUUUCAUCGAACAGCUGAAGCAUCGGAAAGGAAAUGAAGAGGAAGAUCGAAUCCUGGCUGGUCCUGUUCCUCCUGGCUGUGCUGAUACGCAGCCAGGUGGAAGCAAAGGUUCUGUCGCUGUGCGAGGCCGUGCAAGAGCUGCAACGUGCUAAAAUCACGAGGACCAUGAUAAGCAACUGGGUCUGCCUGAUGCAGAGCGAAAGUGGACUUGACACGCAGUUGGUCACUGGUCCAAAGACAGCUUCCAGUUACAACUACGGGAUCUUCCAGAUCAGCAGUCUGAAGUGGUGCUCCAGAGGACACACCGGUGGCGAGUGCAACAAACGUUGCGAGGAUUUCGCCAACGACGACAUCCAGGAUGACAUCGAGUGUGCCAAGAAGAUUUAUAAUUCGAACGGGUUCCAAGCGUGGAGCGGCUGGGUGAAGAAGUGCAAGCUGAAGCCUCUGCCAAAUAUCGGCGUUUGCAAGCGACGAUGACGAGGAUGUGGGUGGACUUUAAUUCGAGUCUGUACUACCGGUGCUAGAGGUGCUAGAGUGACUGCCAUCGAGACACUGGGAUCAUUGAACUGUUAGGUGUUGGUUCUGUUAGGAUUAGUCUGUACGACGCAAGAUUGUAAUUUCUUUUCUUAGGUUGCCAUUAGUCGGCGUUCGACUGCACGGUUCAGAUAGAACAAUAAAGUGUCAUAAUGGGCAGAAGCCGUGAUUCGAUGUUUGCGAAUGAGACCAAAGUUCAUUCGAGUGCGUCGUAUAAUUUAAUGGUCAUAAUGCUGAUAAUAACCAAGGAAUCGUUUACGGACGUGUAACGUACAUAUGUAUCUCUAAGUUUGGUAUGGAUGAAAUAUACGUUUCGAUAAUCA